AUGGAGGAUUCUUACUCCACUGCAAAUCCUGACCUUCUUUCUUCGAGGAGCACAAUCAACAACACUUCCAACGCCUUCAUCGGGGCAAAAGCGGGCAAGGGGAGUCGCCGGGUAUACCCGGGAAAGAAGUUUAGUAAAUACGCACUUCUCGGUGACAAUAUCGUCAUCGGAGACGCCGCGGUUGCGGACGUUUAUAAGGAUGUCAUCAAUCGCUUGGGGCUCUCUAUGAGAGUUCGUGAAGCUGGUUUUCGUAGAUAUUCUGCAAAACCAGAGCACGUGAGUCCUCAUUAUAAUAGACACUGGUAUCGCCACAUCCUUGUGGCGUUCUCUCCCGGUGGUAUCUUACCACUCCCAUUUCAGGUUUGGUUAGGGUUCCCAGAUGGAAUAUUAAUCACUUGUUAUCAUAUGGGUAUGGUGCGAGACAUGCUUGUGUCUUCGUGUUCUCCGGAUUGGGGUCAUGUGGAGCGCUUUGCCACUGAUCUCGAUUUGAAGCUCGAUGAGGACCCUUACCUUUAUGUUAGGGGGGCUUGCUGA